CUACGAUCAGCUACUCUAUUGAAUCAGUCAACCAGUCAAGUCGAUCAGCUCCUCAGAUCUUCACCCAUCAUGAAGUUCAUUGCCCCCAUUGCUCUCCUGGGCAUGUUCCAGGCUGCUAGUGCCUCGCCUGUCGAUAUCAAGACCAGCAAUGCCGGUCUACAGGUCACCCUCUCCCAGAUCAACAACACCCGCAUCAAGGCCGUUGUGCAGAACACUGGCAGCGAGGAGGUGACCUUCAUGCACAUGAACUUCUUCAAGGAUGCUUCUCCCGUGAAGAAGGUCUCCAUCUUCCGCAACAACGACGAGGUUGAAUUCCAAGGCAUUAAGUACCGCGUGCAGACCGACGAUCUCUCUGAUGAGGUCCUGACCUCUCUUGCCCCCGGUGCCAGCUUUGAGGAUGAGUUUGACAUUGCCGCCACCUCUGACUUGUCCUCUGGCGGCCCCGUCACUAUCCGCUCUGAGGGCAUUGUCCCCCUGGUCACCGAAAAGUCCGUGACCGGCUCGCUGUCCUACAGCUCCAACGAACUGACCAUCGAUGUCGACGGUGCUGAGGCUGCCAAGAUCGAGACUGUCGGGGCUCAGCUUUCCAAGCUCUCCAAGCGCACCAGGGUGUCCUCCUGCUCGGGCACUCGUGCUACCGCGCUCCAGACAGCCCUUCGGAACGCUGCUUCUCUCGCUUCCCGUGCCGCCAGUGCGGCCAGCCAGGGAGGCUCAACCUUCACAACUUUCUUCAAGAGUGACUCUUCCUCUACACGGAACGCCGUCGCUGCUCGCCUCCGCGCCGUUGCAUCCGAGUCCUCCAGUACCUCUAGCGGAUCCACUACGUACUAUUGUACUGAUGUGUACGGGUACUGCAGCAGCAAUGUCCUUGCUUACACGCUGCCUGCUUACAACAUCAUCGCCAACUGCGAUAUCUACUACACCUACCUGCCUGCUCUUACUGGCACUUGCUACGCGCAGGAUCAGGCAACCACCACUCUGCACGAAUUCACUCACGCCCCUGGUGUGUACUCCCCCGGUACAGAUGACUUGGGCUACGGGUACGAUGCUGCUACGCGUCUGAGCGCGAGCCAGGCCCUUAACAACGCGGACUCGUAUGCCCUCUAUGCUAAUGCUGUUUACCUUGGAUGCUAGAUUAGCAUAUCACUGGCGUCAGCCGAAUGCUUUGCUGGACUGAGGGAAUUGCUGACCUGAGGUGAAGAACUGACGAUACUGAUGAUCGAACGCGACGCGACUUCAUGCUAUAGCUCGCAAGUUAUACGAGAGAUGGUCAUUUUCUCUUCAUAUGGUUGUACAUAGCAGCUGCGAAAAUAGCAUUUGAUUCCUUGAUUUUGGGAAAACCGUAUCAGUAUACUAACACUGACGCACCUCCACCAAUUAGACCAAUUUUUUUA